AUGGUUUCUCCUUGGAUGAAACAUGGGAAUGUCAUGCAAUGUAUCUCUCAUCUGUUGAAGCAAAAGGAGAAAGUUCCUUAUUAUCGCUGGAUUUACGAGAUUGCAUCCGGCAUGCAGUACCUCUUUCAUGAAGAUGUUGUUCACGGUGAUUUACGCGGGGCAAACAUACUCGUAGAUGAUAAACUAUCAAUCCAAAUUGCUGACUUUGGACUAUCUCGUGUGCUGGACCCUGAUUCUGCCAAAGAAGUUUCUAUCCAAAGCGGUGCUGUGAGGUGGUUCGCCCCGGAAAUCGUCCUGCACUCAGCCAAGGCAUCAAGUCGCACUGAAGUGUAUGCAUUUGGCUGCGUAUGUUUAGAGAUAUUUACUCGCAAGAUCCCCUUCUGUACAAAAUGCGAAUAUCAGGUGUCCGCUGGAAUGUCCAACCACCAACCACCAUAUUCAUCAUUAAAAGCUCUUCCUGCCUUCCUGCGACGGCAUAUUGCAGAUUGUAUCAGCUUCAAGUCGUCUAAAUGCCCCAACAUUGACGCCAUAGUUGAUCUACUUCAACAUGUUCCCUACCAGCUUCAAGGUACUGCAAAUGCUCCUUCAGUCGCUCUGUCAAGGGUAGACGUGACGGCACCACAAUCGUCUCCCCAGGUCCCUCGAUCAGCUGCCACGUUGAUUCGAGACAUAUUUCAUCUGUAAGGCAGGUGUGGGAGCGGUGUGCAGUCGAUCAAGUGCUGAAUCCAGCGUGUGUGGUGAUGGCUUCCUUGGGGAGUUGUUACUUCCAACGCCUAUUGCAUACUUCUGGUUAACGAUGCAACGCGCUCGAAGUCUGCUGCCGUUUGCAGGCACGUUCUUUCGUAAAUGACCUCCAUCUUCGAACGAGCACAUCUCUUCGAAAUCUGCUUGCAUUAACUCAAUUCCGCCGUGUCAUCCCUGCUUCUCUGCGUGGAACCUGGUGGCGAACAUUUCACGGUCUGACUGGGAGGCACAGCAGGAUUAGUUUGGUUAGGAGAGUGCGGAGCCCUCGAGGAAACAAAGUCACGUCCCGUUAUUGAUUUUACAUCGUGCCACAGAAAAUCAGCAGCAUGCUGUUAUGCCGAUGCCGUCGCCUUGCUUCUCACUCGCCGGGAACCACCACUCUUUCAGUGCCGUAUACUGGGCACUAGCAUUGUCUCAAGUAAACAAGUUCACACAUCGGUACUGCCCGUAGUGAAUUUUACUACCUUGAACGCACGAUGUGAAAUUUGGAACACCUGGAGGACUUUGUUGGGUUGGACAUCCUUCACGGACAAUGGAUCAUGACGCUAACUCGCCCUUGAAGUGCACAUACAUCUACAUAGCAUGGCUGUGGUUGAGGUUUCAGUAUAUCUGUAUCUAUAGCAUAUUAUUCCAUUUGUAGAGAUCUACUGAGAGUGAACUACUGUGCAUUCCGGUCAUCCAGUAUAUAACAGUUAAUGUUCUAUUCUGAG